GUGUAAUUUCAAGAAUAAUUGCAGAAUACAAAAUGUGAUAUCGUCAAUCAGUCUGCUAUCGUAUCACAACCUGUUGCGGAACAUUGCAUUUUAUUACUAUAAAUACUGUAAGCACUCACUUGCUUGCCGAGGCGUUAACAUUUUUGGAAAUUCUAUAAGCCGGUGUUUUCCUCUAUUAAUGCAAGGUGGAAAGAAAUCUGAAGAAAGUUAGCUAAUUUCACUCUUAUUCUAAAUUUGUUUUUGUGUUCCUACGAGUUAAAAUCCAUAAUCCAAAAUGACUUUAGAACCCUUGCACAAAGUUUUCGUCUAUGGAACCUUGAAGAAAGGAGAACCGAAUCACGGCUGGUUUUCAAAAGAUCAAUCUGGAUACUACAAAUUCUUAUACGAGGCGAUUACCUGUGACAAGUUUCCUUUAAUUGUGGCAACUCAGUACAACAUUCCAUUUAUGCUUCAUAAACCAGGAAUGGGACAUCAUGUGAAAGGUGAAGUGUACGAAGUGGAUGACAAAGUUUUACAAAAAUUGGAUAUCCUGGAAGAACAUCCCGAGUACUAUAUCCGAGACCCCUACGAUAUAAAACCAUUAGCUCCAAAUCAGGCUGAAACCAAGGCUUGGAUUUAUAUGAUACGCGAUUUUAAACCUGAAUUGCUCAAUCAGACGUUUUAUGAAAGCUAUAGCAACAGUUACUGCAGCAGUAAAGGGCUAAAAUAUGUUGAAAGUGAGGACUCGACUUUGGAAGACCUUAAUGGUUAAUGAGAUUGUGAAUUAUACACCAAAUUUUCAAAGAUCGAUCAGUCUUUUAUAUAAAUUGUUUGACAGAAUAAAUGAAAUGCAUAUGUUUAAAAAUA